AUGCGGCCACUGUAUAUCACGGCCGAAGUCGAAGGGAAAAUGAUCAACAAGGUCAUGGUCGACACCGGUGCCGCGGUCAAUGUUGUCACAACCCGUACCAUGGGACUCCUAGACAUUCCGCGCUCGAUGAUCCAAACCACGUCCUUAACAGUCAAGAACUUCACCGGGCAAGUGUCUAGAACCCUAGGCUUCCUAUUCCUACGGGUCAAGGUCGGGCCGGCAUCACGGGUUUACACCUUUUUCGUCGCCGAAUGCGCUUCCUCUUACAGCAUGAUUCUUGGUCGAGAUUGGAUCCACAGAAGUUUUUGCGUGCCUUCCUCCAUGCACCAAGAACUCAUGAUUUGGGACGCCGAGAACCGUGAAGCGGUCAUCAUCAAAGCUGACCCACGGCCAUUCUCUAUCUCCGCCAACUUCAACGAUGCCCGAUAUUAUACUACAGACUUGGGUCCGUUGGAUGUUCAAGGCGUCGAUAACAAGGGCAGCACAUAUGUAAUCACGGCCUCCAAUUUAACGCGAUGGGGACUUACCCAGGCGAAUGACGACUUGCAACGUCCUCACACCAUCGCGAAUCCCACACCCCGUUCUGAUGAAUAG